AUGUCACAAGGUCCGGUGAUGUCUGAACCCACCACAAUCACCAUGUUACCAGCUCCCACCCUCUCCAACAACACUACUCUCUCUGGUGACGUCAUCACACCACGUGACGUCAUCACACCACGUGACGUCAUUACACCACGUGAUCUAUCUGAAGAAUAUUCUAUACUGUGUUCCUCAGACACUGCAGAACUGUGGCACCAGCACAAGUGCAAUAUGAACUUUUCAGACUACGCAGACGAAGAUUUCCUCCUUUUCCUCCUCUAUCAAACUGUAAAAUCCCUGUCUAACAACUUCUCAGAUACUCUAGUAGUCCCGCCCCUGAUAGGCCGUCCUAAACUCUCCACCUUGCUCCAAACACCCUCCCCCUCAGUAACACAGCUCUCUCUGAUGACGUCAUCACACCACGUGACGUCACAGCAGACCCCCCGUCACGUGACUAACCACGUGCCCAAACAAACAGAGCAAGAGUACAGCUCCCAUGAGUGUGGGAAGUGCAAGAAGAGCUUUAGAAACAAGUACUACCUCAGCAGGCACGAGAAGAGGAGCUGUAGCAGAGUUAACCCUCUCAGAGUGUAUCAUUGUCAGCACUGCGCGGCGGUGGUUACCAGCAUGACCAGUCUUAGUGCCCACAUGAAGCUCAGACAUAGGGAUAUCAGGUACAGUUGUGAGCAGUGUAACAAGACCUUCAAGAAUGCGGAGUAUGUGAAGCAGCACGUGCGUGUUGCGCACAACAACAUAAAGGACCACAAGUGUACGGAAUGUGGUAAGGAGUUCACUCAACACGGCAGCCUACAGCUCCACAUUAGGAUGGUACAUCAGAAACUACGCAACUACAUGUGCAGGCUAUGCCAGCAGCGGUUUGGGUGCAAGUCGCACUUAACUCGGCACAUGCGCAAACAGCACUGCGACGUGAAGGAGCAGGCGUGCGAGAUAUGCAGCACUGUAUUCCAGCAGGAAGCGGACCUUAGAGCACACGUUAAACAGAUGCACUAUCAAACCGAGUUCAUUUGUAAUGUUUGUGAUAAGUCGUUUAAGUUGAAACACACUCUUGCGAAGCACAUAGCCAAGUGUCAUGCAACAGACAACACUGUAAAUACUGAUAACGAUAAUAACUCAAGGACACAGUGACACUUUUUAUUCAGAAAUCAUUAUCAGCGCUUUUUCACCAAAUUGAUGAAGAUAGAGUAUCGGAUAAGUUACACAGCUUUCAGCUCAAUAAAAAAUUUUUAAAGAUUUGAAUUUUUCAGCUGACCUACAUUUUGUGUUUGUUCAGUAAUUCAGUUAUUUUCAAAUCAUAGAUUGAGGGUAAAGAUUCUACGUUUAUCUUUAAUCAUUUAUUCUGAAAACUCAUUCUUCUCUAUGUAGUAGUGUUUACCGACAAGAAUCUUU